UCAGUAUAAUCGACCCACGUGGAGUCUCAUGGACAAGUUGGCCGUCCCACCAGCUGUAUCCAUAUCAUUGGAGAGAGCUGGUUUGAGGUCCCUGUCUGAAAUAUUGGAAUAUUCUAGCGGUGAUUUGGUCCGUAGGACUGGAUUAAAGGUGUAUCAGGUCCAGGGGCUCAUAGAAACCGCUUCAGAAGCUGUUCUGGCACGUUUUAAGCCUCUCACAGCUCAAGACAUUAGACAAAUAGAUAAUCAGAAGCUAAGCUUGGGCUGUCCUUUGAUAGAUGAGACACUACAAGGUGGCCUCCUUCCCCGCUCACUCACCGAAGUAGCUGGUACCAGUGCAGCUGGUAAAUCACAGUUAUGCCUUCAGCUCUCACUCACUGUUCAAUUGCGAGAAAAACAUGGUGGAUACUCAUCAAAGGCAGUUUAUAUCAGCACAGAGGGACCUUUUCAUAGUAAACGUCUCAAGGAACUGGCCCAGUUUAUGGCCGGCAAGUACUCGUAUCUUAAUGCACAGACACUCAUGGACAAUGUCCUCGUACAUCACUCGGCCACUGUACAAGAAUUAAAAGUAUUACUCAAUCACGAAUUGCCAUGCCUCCUUCAGAAAAACCCACGCAACAUUAGACUAAUCAUAAUUGAUUCUUUGGCUAGCCUCUUUCGUGUUGAGUACUCGUAUGACGACUCGUCAAGAGCUUACGACUUGAAAUUAAUUGCCAGUUCCCUACACUUGCUCAUAUAUCAACACCAGUUAACCAUUGUGUGCACUAACCAGAUGACCAGUGACACUAAGAGUAAUACAACUCGACCAGCACUUGGUGAACUGUGGAGUAACAUGGUUGCCACCAGAUUACUCCUAUUGAGAGAAGAGGGAGUGGACAAUAAUGCAGCUUUCUGUCCAGGUGUGAAUCCGGUACCACGCCUACUUCAGAUUGAUUUUGCCCCUCACCUACCAAAUAAUACGAUGAAUUAUUACAUUGAUGAUGAAGGAGUGCAUGGAUUGGAUGCUAUAGAUCCAGCCAUAUUGGACACUUUUGACUAAAUAUACAAUACUAGCUUGCUAU